ACCUAUAUUUCCCCCAUUAAACAGAGAAAUAUGUAAUACAUUAUAUUGUUUAGGAGCGAAGAGGUGACAUAUCGCUUCAAGAGCGACUCCUACUUCCGUGUUGUCCCUCAAUGUAAAGCAGUCCUAUUACAGGAAGCUGUAGCCUAAUCUGUGGGGGUUAAUCCGCGUAGUUUACAGGUAUUUAACCAUUAAAACCUUCGAAUGUUACAUUGUAUCGUUGAGCAACAUACGUUAGAAUCUAUAUCAAUGUUCGUGACAUUCGAAUCCACCGAGUAAUUAUUAUUAUUUUUAUAUACAUACAUAGGUAGGUUGCGUUAUAGUCUAUCACAGUGCCAUUUAUGUAGGUGAUGUUAAAACGUAGACUUUUGAAUAAACCUUUAAUUUAGUUUACACAACGUUUUAACGAAUUCACGACUGAACUCGUUCAUGAUUUAAUGUUAGUGUGCCCUUGAUCGACCCUCUUUCAAUGUAAUUUGAUGAAGUGAAGGAGCAGCGAUUUCGGAGAAUACGGACGAUAUAAACUACAUGUAGCAAAACAGAAGAUUCAAUCGCUGCCCACGUCAGAGGAACUGCGGUACAUUAGCGGAAGAAUGCCAGCGGGAGUUUGUGGCUGCUGUGGACCCCUGAGGCCCAGGUACAAACGCCUGGUUGAUAACAUCUUCCCAGAGGACCCCAAAGAUGGCCUGUCCAAGUCAGACAUGGAGAAGCUCACCUUCUACGCGGUUUCAGCCCCGGAGAAGUUGGACAGGAUUGGGGCCUACCUGGCGGAGCGACUGAGCCGAGAUGUGGUCCGCCACCGCUACGGGUACGUAGUCAUCGCCAUGGAGGCUCUGGACCAGCUCCUGAUGGCCUGUCACUCCCAGAGCAUCAAGCCCUUUGUGGAGAGCUUCCUCCACAUGGUGGCCAAGCUGCUGGAGUCCCGGGAGCCAGACCUGCAGGUCCUGGGGACCAACUCGUUUGUCAAGUUUGCCAACAUCGAGGAGGACACACCGUCCUACCACCGGCGCUAUGACUUCUUUGUCUCCCAGUUCAGCGCCAUGUGCCACUCAACCCAUGAAGAUCCUGAGACCAGAACCAGGAUCCGUGUGGCCGGUAUCAAAGGGCUGCAGGGUGUGGUGAGGAAGACGGUGAACGAUGAGCUUCAGGCCAUCAUCUGGGAGCCCCAGCACAUGGACAAACUCAUCCCCUCCAUGCUGUUCAACAUGCAGGAUGCUGAGGACCUAGACAGGGUGGGCCCACCCGGCACGCCUUCGGAGACAGGGCAGGAUGGUGAGGAAAACCCAGCGUCUCUGGCCGAGAGCUGCUUCAGAGAGCUGCUGGGAAGAGCUGCCUACGGCAACAUGAACAACGCCGUCCGCCCUGUACUAGUUCAUCUGGACAACCACCGGCUGUGGGAGCCCAACGAGUUUGCUGUUUCCUGUUUCCGGAUCAUCAUGUACUCCAUACAGGCCCAACACUCUCACCACGUCAUCCAGCAGGUCCUGGGCCACCUGGACACACACAACAAGAACACCCCUCGCAUGAGGGCCGGCAUCGUGCAGGUCCUUCUCGAGACGGUCGCCAUAGCAGCCAAAGGCUCCGUCGGCCCUACAGUACUGGAGGUGUUCAACACACUGCUCAAGCACCUGCGGAUGAGUGUGGACUUUGAGCUGGGUGAGAACUCCAGACGGAACUCUGGCGCCAGUGUGUCCUCGUCCGGACGGGUCAAGGAGAGCGAGGAGCGCAUUGUCCAGAACGCCAUCAUCCAGACAAUCGGGUUCUUUGGUGGCAACCUGCCAGACUACCAGCGCGCGGAGGUGAUGAUGUUCAUCAUGGGCAAGGUGCCCGUGUAUGGCACCCCCUGCCACACCCUGGACACUGUGAAGAUUGGGCACCAGGGCACCAAGCGUAUCCAGGCCAUGCUGCUGAGCUCGCUCAUCAUGGUGACCUCUGGUUUCAAGUCCAAGACCAUGGUGGCAGCGCUGCCCGCACCCUUCCUGGACCCACUUUUCUCCAUUUCACUCAUGGAGGACUGCGAGCUUCGCCAGUUGGUCCUUGAGAUCCUGCUCAACAUCAUCGAUCGCCACGACAACCGUGCCAAGCUGCGGGGCAUCAGGAUCAUUCCUAAUGUGGCGGCCUUGAAGAUAAAGAGGGAGAAGAUAUCAAAACAAGACGUUGGGUUCAUGAAAAAGCAUGGGCAGCAGUUGUACCGUCACAUCUACCUGGGCUGUAAGGAGGAGGACAACGGUCACAAGAACUUUGAGCUGCUCUUCACUACCCUGGCCGUGCUCACCAUUGAGCUGGCCAAUGAGGAGGUGGUGGUGGACCUCAUCAGGCUGGCUCUUGCCCUGCAGGAUAUGUCCUUGGCUAAUGAGGAGAACAUGCCCAUGGUCAUCCGCUGUGGCAUCAUGGCACUGGUGGCGGCCUACCUGAACUUUCUUAGUCAGAUGAUCGCCAACCCAGCCUUCUGUCAACACGUCAGCAAGGUGAUUGAGAUGAGGAACCUGGAGGCCCCUUACCUCCUCCCUGAGCACAUCUUCAGAGAGAAGUGUCCGCUUCCAAAUUGUCUUGAGAAGGAAGACCGGAGCCUAUAUUUCCAGACGGUUGACCUGGCGGAGUGCCUGGUCGCGCCAGGAUACAACGCUGAGCGUCUUUCAAUCCCCUACGUCCCUCAAGUGACGGAUGAAGACCGCCUCACCAGAAGAAAGAGUUUGGUUGACACCAUUUCUCUUCAAGUGGAUUUCCCUUCCGAUAGCCUACCAGAUAAGUCUCUGCUGGCUGAGGAGAUCACCUUCGAGACUCUGAAAAAGGCCAUUGACACCACAGGGUUGGAGGAGCAGGAGAAGGAGAAGAGACGCCAGGUCAUGGAGAAGUUCCAGAAGGCUCCAUUUGAGGAGAUUGCCGCCCACUGCGAGUCCAAGGCCAAUAUGUUACAUGACAGACUGGCACAAAUCUUCGAGCUCACUAUCCGGCCCCCUCCCAGCCCCUCUGGGGUGGUGUCUAUCUCUGCAGGCCACGCUCAACACCAGUCUGUCCCUGUCUACGAGAUGAAGUUCCCCGACCUGUGUGUCUACUAGAUCAAAGACCAGCCACUAACGCCUUGUAUCCUCAACCCUAACCCUAACCCUAACCCAACCACUAACCAUACCCAGACCUGUGUGUCUACUGGAGCAAAGACAACCACAUAGCCAUUACCCUAACCACUAACACAUUGUAGCCUCAACCCUAACCCAUUUCCUAACCCCUUCAGAUCUGCAUGUCUCUUAAAGCAAAAACAGUGGCAGUUUAGAACCACUAAAACCCUAUACCCUCAACCCUACCGCCUAAGUCUGCUCCUUAGCCCUAUACAAGGUAUGUCAGCUACAGCAGAGACUAACUGUGGUACUGUACCACUAAGCCCGAAUACUGUGUUCCCUAUUUCUUAACACUGCACAUUGUUCCUGCCCCUCCUCAGACUAAUGUGUCUAUUACCAGAUGAGAUGGCUGUAUGACUGUAGUUUCCAGUCACACGCACACAGUCUACGCACACGUGAACGUGCGCGCACACGCACAUUCGUAUUUAUAGUCUAAUCAAUUAGCUGUGGUGUGUUGGCUUAUACACUUGGAAAGUGGAGAUGUCAUAGAACAUCGAAAAGUGAAUAUUACUGGAGGCACAUUGUCGUUUCAAAGAUACCAUCGCGCUUGCUAGCGAAGAGAUUUGUAGUGGCUAAUUAACAGUAAAUAAGUUAAUUGUUUUGCCUCACAGUUAGCCAAGAGGCAUACCUAACCAGCUAAAAUUGUUUACAGCUAGUUAGCAAUCGUUUCAAAACUAUUUUGCUAGCAACAUAGUGCUGCCGUGUUAAUUAUAACCGGUCUCACAAAAUGUGUCUCCAGUUGUUUACCUUUUACCAUUGUGCAUAUCCAUGCAGUUCUGUGCAUAUUAGAGAAAAGUAAUUUUAGCGGCCAGUCUGAAAAAUUGCUUAUUUUAUUGGCUUUUUCAGACAGAUAAGCCACAGUGCUGCAGAAAGCUAAUACUUUUUUUUAAUGUCCCAAUUUAAUGAAAACCAAUUCAUAUAUGUUAAUCUGUGUGGACAAGGUGAAUUUCAGGUAGAACAUUGAGAGUCUUGGAAAUGUGGAAAUUCUAUUCUGGAAUAGACAUCUUGGUGGAUUGAGUCUUUAUUGCAGGUCCAUUAUGGCAGUGUUUCAAAAAUGUUGGGUAUGAGACCAGGCUAGUAACCCCCCUGUUAUGUUAUGGUCUUGGAUUUUGGUUCCUUCGAUAGGAAUCCAGUCACCACUGUUCAAAACCUACUGGAGUCAUGCCCUUCAGGACCUGUACUGAGGAAUGGUAUUGUGGACCAGCUAACGCUAAUAGAAAAGCAAUCAGUUGAUUACUAAAGGCACCAUGUUAUUUAGUUGAUAUAUUGAUAGUUUAGGAUGAUAUGGCAGCCAAGUGCAUUCACCUGUUUUGGUAUUAAUUGAAGUGUUCGGGCAGCUGUACACUCCCUUCUCCUCACCAUCUUUUUCAUAGCACUUUCACAAUAUGGUACAAAAACAUGUAGUUAUUUUUAUUACACCCUCUUGACAAGAUUCAUGUGAAGGCUAUUAAGUCGUCUUUAUCUUCUCAAUCCGCUCACCGACGCUGAGCACAAUACAAAUAUUCUAACGCAAUGGACUUUGGAUAGUUGCAUCUAUUUUCUUGUAAGGCAUUUUACAUGAACAUUUAGAGAUUUUUCAUUAUUGAUUAUCACAUUUCAAAUCUCUGUCAUUUCUCUUUCCAGUAAUUUGAUGAACCUGCAUUUUGACAUGACGUAUUGGUUUGAUAUCACAAUGCAUCAAAUAAAUAUAGAUACAGUAUAUACAAUGUUAUGCUUAUUGCUAUAGGCCAGAUGUUUGUGUGCAGUAUAAUUGGUAUUGUUCACAUGGGUUUCAUAGCUUGCAGCUUCCUGUGGAUAUGUGUCAUGAUGAUUUGUCUUGAGUUAGUAUUGAUUGUUAUUUAGAGUAUGUGGGAAAAUAUAAUUGAGAGGGUUCACCAAUAUCGUUUUCCAACUUACCUGGCAGGACAAGAUCUGUCAUAACUCUGUUGGCCAUCUAGAAUACCAAAACGCUUUCAUCUUUACCAAAGAAUCCAUUUGCCACGGCCCCCAUCCGUCCCCUCCCUCUAAUGUCUUAAUAACGAUGUCACUCAACAUUUUGUUUCUGAGGGAACCAAAUAUCUGUCUGUGUGCUGUUUGGGGCUCGCCACUGGGCUGUUUAAUAACCCAGGUUGUUAUCUUACUAUUGUUACAUCCUGGCUUGGUGCGGGUGUCUCUCCUGUUUCUAGUGCUAGGUAUGAUGCAGACAUGCUGUGUAAAACGCUGCAUUAGUCAAGGAAAAAAGGUCCUCGAUUUGCGGUUGUCGGAUUAUAACAGAAUAUUUUGGAAGGACCCAUCUAAGCAAAGGACCAUUCGGCGAAGGGGUGGGCAUAGUUCAGUCCUACAGAGGUUAGUGUCAGGGAUGGGACUACAGUCCUCCCAAACAAGACACUCUAAUAAUGAUUAUGAGGCCAUUUGAAAAGAGGCUUCAGCGAUAUGGGUGAUGUUGAGAUGGUUAAUAGCGUGGGCUCAAAUUGAAGAAUAGAGAGGCUAAAGUGAGGUUGUUAUCAAAAGGUUCUCUGUGAUGGCAUCCUGUUGUACCUUCUGUAACAGGAUACUGCAGAACGUUGCUGUGGGUGGUUUUGUAUGUUCAAGGUGGUUUCAUGUUAAGGGUUAAGUCUCGCUCAGCCAGGCUUUCAGUCUCAGGUAACCUGAGCCACUGAGAGACUUGAGUCCAGCUUGAGAGACUAGUGGAUCAAAAUUGGUUAGUAUAGUGAGGAAAGACGGCGGGUGGUACGGUGUAUGAUUGUAAAUGGGAAUCACUAAGGUGAUUAGUGGACACUAGCUUCAUCCAUUUUAAUUGGCUGGUGGUGGAAAUGACCUUUUGGAUUAUAUAAAAUAUAUAUAUAUAUAUAUAUAUUUCAUGGUAGCUAACGUGGUACUUUAUGACUCAGACCUAAGCCACUUGUGAAACAGAUAAAAUAACACAUUUGGCACAGAUGAUUGGCCCUCAAACAUAGAUUUUUCCAAUUGUUUUUCAAUCGCGACCAGGUCGUUGAGAUUGCUAUUUCGGGAACCUCACCCAAGAGCAGCAUAAGACAAUAAUGUUCAUCCAUAUCCAUUGUCGAAUGGAAAAUUUUUAUUUUUGCCUGAGACCUUUUGCUCAUUUUGACCUAAUAUGUAGAAAUGCCCCUAUUGAUGCAUAUAAUCUGAAGUCAUAUCAGAAAUGUGUAAUCUCAUUCAUGGCGAAGUGCAAUAUGUUCUCCUCUGUAUGGUUAUAGGAUUGUUUUUCUUUUGCAACACGUGAUGUCUUAUCUUGAACUGUGGUGUCACUUCAGAUAGCAUAUAUUACUACGAGUUUAUCGAGAGAUUCUGGAAUAUCAAGUGUGUAUGUAUAACCUAUGGGAGUUAAGACAUGAGGAAUGUAGACCAUACAGCAUCAUUGACUGAGAUCGAGUGCCAGUCUGUUUUUUGCUAUCAUUCCAAAUUCCCUGUCACUCAUUGGCUUGACAAUGACUGCAAUGGAGUAGACAAGAGCACAAACAGGUCUGGGACUAGGCUACCAUUUGCUUUCUUUAUGCUGAAUUUGUCAAUAGUCUAAUAUGGUAUUUUUUUUUAAAUCGAUAUUCAUCAUAUGAGUGGCAUGUUGCCUGAUAGAAAAUGGGUUGGGAGUUCUUCUGUUUAUUGUUCAAAAUCAGCACUCCUCUUAACUUGAAACGGUGCAAUGGGAGACCACUGUUUUGGCUAAACCAGCCUUUUUGAAGUCUGAUGUAUUCUUGGUGUUUUGAGACGCCCCCAUGUGUGCUGGUUUUCCUUCCAACAUAUCUACGAAAUCUUUCCUGAAGGACAAAAUCCUGACAAAAGUUGGGUUAAUGCCAGAUACAAUUCAAUAUUCAAUAAGCAGCUCGAUUUAAGUCUUGUGUGGAUAAGGAGAUGAGUUUGCAUGAAAACCAGCAACCACAGGGGGGUCUGAAGACCUGGUUUGACUAAAGGCUUCACUGUGGUGAAGAGGCUGCAGGGAUAUUGAGUCAAUUUUCUCUAGUUAUUACAAUGACGAGAUAGAGAAUAGUGAUUAUAGACUGAAAUGAACAGUAUAACAAUUAACAAUCAUUUGAGCGACUGGUCAGCAAUGGCUACAAUUAAGCAUCAUUCUUAAAGCCCCAUGCUGUGUUUUUAAUUUAACAUCACUUUGUGUAAUAAAUAAGUGUUUUUUUGUUGUUGUUGUAUAUAUAUUGUUUAUUUCUCUAAGACUCCUUGGGCCACUGAAAUGCUCAGUCAGAUUGUGUGGGCGUUAGGAAACAAAAUGAUUACAACCUAUGUUGUGAUAAUUGCGUUGUUUGCUCUGUAACCCAUUUGUUCAUAUGCCACAUGAUAUACAAUAAAGCCGACACAACAGA